AUGCUGUCCAACCGCGACCGCGACCCCUUCAUGCCAUCGGUAACACAGUAUUACCACCAGCAGCACCACCAAAAUCAUUCGCUGGCCCUGGACGCCGUCCUCAGCUCUUCUAAUCCUUCCGGCGCUUCGUCUCCCGCUCGGACGCCCAGUCGCCCACGAUCGCUUGCUUCUCCAGAUUCGAUACCGUCCACACCGGUCUUGAAGGCAUGGAAUCCAACCUCUGCAGCAGCUUCAACUUCGACGACACCACAGGAGGAGAAGGGCUAUGUUGGACGCACAAUCUUCAUCAACGGCUAUCCGGGCACCGGCAAACUGACGGUAGCUAAGGAGUUACAGAAGAUAAUCCCGAACUCCAGGGUAUUCGAUCACCAUCUUCUUAUCGAUGCGGCACGUGCUACUUUCAAUCAAUCGGAUCCAGAGUACCAAAUCCUCCGGAAGGCUUUUAGAACAACCCUCUUGGACUCCAUCAACACCGCCUCAACAGACCUCUCCCCCACCACAUGGAUAUUUACCGAAUGCCAAUCAAACUCCCACAUCGGGACGUCCAUCUCCCAUGAAUACCUUGCCGCCGCGAAACGUCGUUCGUCACCUUUCGUAUCGAUAAUACUCACCUGUUCUCUCGAAGAGAAUCUCAAACGUCUAUCACAUCCUAGCCGGAAAACCACUCCUCGACGGAAAUUGACGAAUAGAGAAGUCUUAAAAGCGAUUCGAGAUGAGGAAGUCAUUCAUCGGUUUGGAGAUUGGAUCGGUGUCAGGGAACUGCUGGUGGACAAUUCGAAAUUAGAACCUGAAGAGGCUGCCGUGGUUAUAAAAACUUUCUUGGAGAAGAUUGCAGUUGAACAGGCUAUGAUGGGGUGUAUUCCCGAAUCGAGUAGUUUGGUAAACAAUGGUGGUGGUGGUGGUAGCAGUAGCAGUAGCGGGAGUGUAGGAAAGAGAAGUGGGAAGAGGAGUAGAAUGGGGAGUAUGAAUAAUAGUAGAGAGGAUGUGCAUAUGGCCGGUAUGACGACGCCGACGAGCACCGUUCCUUCGACUCCUGUACCGCCGAGUAGUUCACAUGGAAGGACUAGUAUUGCAGCGUUGAUGAGUCCGGCUUCACCAAUUGGGUAA